CACUUGACAACCCUACCAUUUGACCGGUGCGGUACACUGAAAAAUCAGUGCUCAAUUUGGAAAACUAUUUUUGCCGGCUCUGCGAAUAAAAGGAAACAAGUCGAAUCAGCGCAGUUGAACAAUGAAAACUGCAACUCAUUGCGCAUUUCUAAUUAUCGCGACUGUAGUCGCCAUUAGCGGGGUAAAAGCAGUCGAGGGGGAACGUCCCUACAGGCGGAGCUUCAUCAAUCCCUAUCCGCGGUACCAGUUCUUCGAUGAUGGCGUUGAUCCCGGCGAGCCCCUGUUCCUGACGCCCCUGAUCAACAAUGCUUCGAUGUCUAAGCAAAAGGUUCAGGAGCUGGCCCGCGUCGUGGGCUCCCAGUUCCAUGGAGUUGAGAGCUACUCUGGCUAUUUGACCGUGGACCCUGGCUUCAAGUCCAACAUGUUCUUCUGGUACUUCCCUGCCGAGCAGGAACCGGAAUAUGCACCAGUGGUCCUGUGGCUUCAGGGUGGACCAGGUGCCUCCUCCCUGUUCGGUUUGUUUACGGAGAACGGCCCUCUGGAGUUGGACGGUAAUGGGAAGCUUCAAAAACGCAACUAUACCUGGAGCAAAACACACAAUCUCAUCUACAUUGACAAUCCCGUGGGCACUGGCUUUAGUUUCACCGACAACGAUGCCGGCUAUGCUAGGAACGAGAAAGAUGUGGGCCGCAAUCUGCACGAAGCCGUGAUGCAGCUGUAUGAACUCUUCGAAUGGAGCAACUCAUCUGGGUUCUGGGUCACCGGUGAGUCCUAUGCCGGAAAGUACGUGCCCGCCCUGGCUUACCACAUCCACAAGGUACAAAAUGCCAUAGAGACCCGCGUAUAUGUGCCGCUCAAGGGCGUGGCCAUCGGAAAUGGCCUCUCGGAUCCGCUGCAUCAGCUGAAGUACGGCGACUAUCUCUACCAGCUGGGCCUGAUCGAUGAGCACGGACUGCAGAGUUUCCACGAUGCGGAGGCAAAGGGAGCUGCAUGCAUCGAGAAGCGCGACAUGGAGUGUGCUUUCGACGUAUUCGAUUCCCUAAUCAAUGGGGACCUCAGCAAUGGCUCGCUGUUCAGCAACCUUACUGGAUACAACUGGUACUACAACUACUUGAAGACGCAUGACGAUGAUGGCGCCAACAUGGGUAAAUUUCUCCAAGCGGGCGCCACUCGGCGGGCAAUUCAUGUGGGCAAUAAGCCAUUCCACGAUCUGGACAAGGAGAACAAGGUGGAACUUCACCUGAAGAAGGAUGUCAUGGACAGCGUGGCCCCGUGGAUAGCUGAACUGCUGGCCCACUACACUGUGUGCAUCUACAGCGGCCAGCUGGACAUUAUUGUGGCCUAUCCACUAACGCGCAAUUACCUUAACCAUCUUAAGUUCCCCGGCUCGGACAAGUACAAGGUGGCUCCCCGUGAAGUCUGGCGCAUUGAUGGGGAAGUUGCCGGUUAUGUCAAGCACGCCGGACAUCUGGUGGAGAUCAUGGUGCGCAAUGCCGGACACAUGGCUCCUCACGAUCAGCCCAAGUGGCUGUACGAGAUGAUUAAUCACCUUACCCAUUAUAAACACUAGAAACUGCACACUUGAACUAUUCUAACAAUUUGGUCUCCAUUCAAAAAAUAUCUCCAUUUAUAAAAUCGAUCAUAAAUAAAUUGGUGUGAGUUUUUACUGUAUAAAUAUGUUGAUGAGAUAAACUUGGCAUUGUUUUGUAAAUACUCAAAUUCAUAUAACAUGUAACAAAACUAAUAUGUAACAAAGUUUAAUCUAUAAAGAUACAAAAAAAUCCUAUUGUAA